AUGUCAGAGUUCAAAUUCGGGAUGAGCGUGACUGAACCUACUUUUGAAUAUGGGCACGUAAAAAAGAGUUCCCAUACCCGUAAAACAAGAUCUGAGGGUGUCUGGAGAGAUCCACCAACAAGGGAAAUGUGUCUGCGAGCGUCCAUCACUCUCUGGCUCCUGUUGGAAGUACACCUCAUCUCCCACUGGAUCAGUGUGGCCACAGAGUUUAGAUUUGGCCAGAAUGAUAGAGUAAUUGAUGAGACGCCGAUCAAUGUCAAGGUCGUUGCCAAGACAACAGCCAUAUUGCCCUGCACUGUUGACCCUAAAUACACAGAAGGAUUCAACGACGAAUAUAAGGUCGUAUGGGUGAACCCUGAGCAUAUUGUCAUAAGUCUGCAGGAUCGGCGCAUGCUCAAUGACAUGCGCAUUACGGUGGAAAGGCCAUUUCUGAGUGACUGGAAUCUGCACAUCAGGAACAUCAGUCUGAAGGACGCGGGUAUCUACAGCUGUCAGAUCAACACCGUGCCUCCGAGGUUCAAAAAGGUCAAUCUGAUCGUGCAAGUUCCUCCUAAAAUCACGUACUACACACGUCCCACUGACAUCAAAGUGCGCGUUGGGGACGACGUACAGCUCAUGUGUAACUCCACUGGUAUCCCUCCGCCGACAAUCACGUGGUACCGGUUAAACAGAUACAGCAACAAAGCAAAAGAAAAGAUAGGUUUCGAAGGUGAGGUUCUUCGCAUCCGCAACAUCUCGAGGGUGUGCGCAGACAGCUACGAGUGUGUGGCCAACAACUCCGUGCCUCCAUCCAAGUCGAGACAAAUCAAAGUUACAGUGGAAUACCCUCCAGAGAUAAGGCUUCCCAAUUCGAGGAUAGGACAAAUAGUUGGGCGAGAAACAAUUCUCGAGUGCAUUAUCUCCUCCUCGCCGCUAGGUGUCACUGUGUGGAAACGUCAUGGCGUCGAACUGAGUACGAGCUGGAAGUACGAAGUGGAUCUGUACAACGACGGCCCGCACACCGUGACCUUGACCCUCCGCAUAGCCAACAUCGACCACAACGACUUCGGCAUCUACAUGUGUGAAGCGCUCAACCCACACGGCAUGACGUCGGCGAAGAUGAUGUUGUAUGAAGUAUUUCCAUUCACGAGACCUCCGCCUACCACGACGACGACAACGCAGUCGUAUGUUCAUUACACCCCGAAAGUGAUGAUUGUGAGUAACGCGGGCGGAAACCAAAAGCACGGGUCCGGUAGUUUCGGACACUACAGCGGCGGUAAAGUGAACAUGAAGACCAAACUGACCCAUGAUAAAACACUGCUGACCAAACCCAGCGCCGGCGCGCAGUUAACAGGUUCAGUCUUAUUUUCACUGAACUAUAGCGUGACCGUGACCGUGACCUUCAUUCCGCUCCACAUGUAUCGGACGUACACUUAG